GGAGCCGGGGUUCGAGCUGCGCGACCGGCUGGGGCUGGUGACAGACCGAGUUUCGAUGCAGAUGGCCGGCGUGUACAACUGCGUUUUGAACGGCCAACUGGCUUCUGUGAUCGUCUACGUGUCUGUUACCGCGGCCACUGAGUCGGUGCACCAGCCCAGCAUUGACGUGUCCGACGCGAGACGGAACGCCGUCGUCGGCUACAACUUCAGUCUGAAGUGCUAUGUGCACCAGGAGGCCGGGCAGAAGCUCAGCUUUUUCUGGGACGUGCCGCCAGCCAGCACCGGGCUCAAGACGGGCCGUAUCACCAUGAGACCGCCUCGGAAGACGACCACCACCGGCUUCACCAGUGAGCUGGCGGUGACGGACGCCCGACCGGAGGACACUGGGGGCUACACGUGCCGCGUGGAGGACCACAACGGACACACCAACAAUCGCUCUGUCCGGGUCACCGUUCACAGUCCGAACGUGUCCAGCGUCAACCUUCAGACGGACGUGCAGGCUUUCUCGUUGCGUCUGGGCGACUCUGUCAAAAUAGUGGUGAACGUCGAGGCGCGCCCGGCCCCGGUGAUAACGUGGUUCGACCCGGACGACGCCGUCAUCAUCACCGAUCCUCAGAAGUACGAAGUGUCUCACACUACCGAGCAGACUAUCCUGAAGAUCCUGGAUCUGCGUCUGGAAGACAUGGGCCAGUACCGCGUGGAGGCGAUGGCGAGCAGCAACACCAGCUCGGACUUUGACGAGCUCAUCUUCAACGUCACCGUGAACGCUGAGGCGGAGGUGCGUCUGGACGCCAGUGAGGGGUACUACCUGGCCGGCGAGAGGUACCAGCUGCGGUGUACCGCCACCGGGUACCCCACGCCCAGCCUCGAGUGGCGCUUCGAGGCCUGCAACUCGAGCCUCUCCUGUCCGCCCGACUUCCCUCUGCCAGCGGUGACGCUGGCCAACGACGAGCAGGAGACCCAGCUGGAGUCGAAGCCGUUCCUGGUGCAGAGCGACCUCACCCUCACCGCCAACCUCUCCGGCGUCUACUGGUGCUAUGCCAAUAACAGCGAGUCAGACGUCCCGGCGGUGGCUGAGCAUCGCUUCUUCGUCUCAGACAUUCCCCGUGGUUUCGGCAUCCUGAGGAGCAACUCGACCAUCAUCGAGGGCGACAACGUGACGCUCUCCUGCGGCGGGAGCACGCUCGACUUCCCGAGUCCCUCCAGCUUCGAGUGGCAGUGGUCCCGCUCCGAGACGGCGAGACCGGUGCCCGUCACGGACCUACCAGGGGUGCGGGUGGUGGACCGGAGCACUGGGUACUCCCACCGGAGGGUGCUACUGCUGGAGCCCGUCCAGAUGGCGCACGCCGGCCUCUUCAUGUGCUCCGGGACGGACGUGCUCGGGGUCCAGCAGCGCUCUAAUACAAUGCUGGGUGUCACUGCCUCCCAGAAGCCGGUGUUUACGUCUGAGGCCAACAUGGACAAGUCAGCGAGUCUUGAGCUGGAGGAGGGGGACCGGGCGGUGUUCAACUGUACCGUCUCGGGUAGACCGACGCCCACCAUCACAUGGACAAAGGACGGCGCGCCUCUGCAGCUGGAGGACAACACCCGACGAAUUCGACUGCUGUCGGGUGGCCAGCGUCUGGUGAUCGGCACAGUGCUCAGCAGCGACGCCGGCAACUACGAGUGCCGCGCCGCCAACCGGCAGGGCACCGUGUGGGGCUCUGCCGAGCUGUUGGUGCCCGACGAGGACACCGUCACCAGGGUGGUGGUGCCCGUGGUGGUGCUGCUCAGUCUGAUGCUGGUCGCGCUGAUCGCCUGUCUGGCCUGGAAGUGCCGCCAGCAGCAGGGUCUGCAGAAGAGGCUGACCCGGCUGGAGCUGGAGGCGUUCCACAAAGGCCGUCCCGAGCAGAUCAACCCGGACCUGCCUAUUGACGAGCAGGCCGAGCUGCUGCCUUAUGAAGAGGACGAGUGGGAGUUUCCCAAGGACCGGCUCAUUCUCGGUCGUCAGAUCGGCUCAGGCGCGUUCGGCCGGGUGGUCAAGGCGGACGCCAUCGGUCUGACCGCCGACCAGCAGCGCACCACGGUGGCCGUCAAAAUGCCAAAGUCCGGCUCCGAUCCCGACCAGAUCCGCUCGCUCAUGUCCGAACUGAAGAUCAUGAUCCAGCUGGGGAAGCACCUGAACGUGGUGAACCUUCUGGGAGCCGUCACCAAACACGCGGCGCAGGGCGAGUUUAUGGUGAUGGUGGAGUACUGUCGCCAUGGCAACCUGCAUCAGUACCUGCACCGCCACAAAAACAGCUUCAUCAACCAGGUGCACCCCAUCACCGGGGAGUUUGACGCUACCCUGGGAGAGGAGGAGUAUGCCGCUGCCAUGAGGCGCGACUCCACAUCGGAGAGCACUCCGCUGCAAUACGCCAGUCUGGCACACAGCUCAGACGGCCAGGUGACCAUAACACCCGGCCGCAGCCUCUACCGGCCGCCUCGGCGUGGCAGCACCAGCUCCAGCGUUCACAGCGCCGCCUGGGACUCGACGGACCCGACCGGCGCCGGAGCUGAGGACUCGGUGUGCCAGAGCCCCAGCGCGCUCGACGACGAGCCGCGGUUCGCCACGCUGAGCGGCGGUGGCCGGCGGCCCCGGCGGACCCCGCUCACCACGCGCGAUCUCCUCCAGUGGAGCUACCAGGUGGCGCGCGGCAUGGAGUACCUGGCCUCGCGCAAACUGCUGCACGGAGACCUGGCCGCCCGGAACAUCCUGCUCGCUGAGAGCCGCAUCGUCAAAAUAUCCGACUUUGGACUGUCGAGGGAUAUUUACAAGACGAAGGAUUACAGGAAGAAGGGCAAGGGUCUGCUGCCGGUCAAGUGGAUGGCGAUUGAGUCGAUUCAGGAGUCGCUGUUCUCCACCCAGUCUGACGUCUGGUCCUUCGGCGUCGUCAUGUGGGAGUUCUUCUCGCUGGGCGCCACGCCCUACCCCGGCAUGGAGUACGACGUCAACUUUGUCAGGCGUCUGCGGGACGGCUACCGUAUGGAGGCGCCCAAGUUCUCUCCGAGCUCCACUUACCAGCUGAUGUUGGACUGCUGGAAGGAGACACCGGGAACCCGACCCAGCUUCACCGAGAUCAGCGAGCGGCUCGGGCACUACCUCGAGGAGCAGGUGAAAAAGGACUACAUCCAGCUGAACGAGCCGUACCAGGUGAUGAACUCAGAGUAUUUCAACCGCCGGGUGGACUACGUGAACACGCUCAUCAGUCCCGACUAUCAGAAUGUGACGCCGCGCGGCGAACCCCUCGGCGCAGCCUCCGAGCGGGGCUCCGUGGGAUCGCAGGGCUCCCAGGAGGGGGUCACUGUGUGGCCAGACACGGGGGUCGCCGGAUAUAUAGCCCUCAGCAAAGGAGGUGCCCCAGCUCCGCUGGUCGACGACGACAGUUACCUGCUGAUGUCGCCCGGACCCGACUCCUCCCCGGACGGAGGCGUCUUCUCGCCGCGGCCUCGUGGCGGCGCGGGACACUUCGAGUUCCCGCCACCGCCGCAGCUGGCGCGCGAGUCGCCGCCGAACGGCUUCUAUAACCCGUCCUACCACGAAGCCGGCAAGGGUCGCGUGCCAUCCACGCCAAAAAUGGGCACCAAAGUGUCUCGCCCCGCGAGACCGGCCGUUGCUGAAGCUUCGGAAGAGCACAGAGAUCAGCGAGAGGACACGCCGGUGGCGAGCUCUCCUGCGCCGGAUGAAGACGAUACUUCCCGUCUGCCGUCGGGGGUCGAGGCUGACACUCACUACCGAGUACCGGUCCCGGUCGGAUGCGAACAAUUGGUGUAAGAGAGCAGUGAAAGCCCUCGUGUUUGAGUGCCGAAUGCAUCAGGGGACAGCUCGGAGGCUGGGCGGCGCUUGCAGGGGCUUUGAGCUGGCUUCAGUGCUGUUCUGCGGCAGACAUAUCGUGUCGCUGUACCCGGAGAAGUCGCAUCCAGGGUUCGUGCUCCUGUCCUGGCCGCCAAACUCCGUGCCGAGCGCGACAGGCGGCAAACGAGUUAGUUGUCGCGGAGGCCAGUAGAUAGCGCUGUUGUCGCGGUGUUAAAGAUACGCUUGUGCCUGCGUUCUGAGUGGCUGCCAGUGCAUAAAGGUUUUGUGAUCUUCAGCGCUCCAAAGUGGUUCCUGGUGAUCUUCAGCUCUCCAGUGCGGUUCCUGGUGAUCCUCAACGGCUCCUGGGGAUCUCCUAAGGUCUUUGGUGUUCCUCGAUGAACUUGGGGGCAUCUGAUGGUCCUCGUUGGUCUCCGGUGCUAAUCAGAGGUCUCUGGGGUUUGAUGAUCCCCGAAGUUCUCUGGUCUAUGGUGGGCCGUUCGAUCCAGUGCAGUGCAGUGUUAGAGAAGUUUUUACGCUCCUCGUGCCAUCAUGUCCUCAUUUAUUACCUAGUCGACGUCCGAGCAUUGGGUUUCAACCUUUGUGUUAAGAUUUGGGACUGGUAUUAGUGUUCACACUUCGCAGAUUGAGCAAGUAUCUCGAUCAUUCGCGAUGGAAGUGCCAGGAUGGAAUGAGUGAAGUGCAUUCGUUCGUGUUGCCUUUUUACCAGUGUUUUGCGUUGUUCUGCUUGUACGCGAUUAGCCGGCUAACCUAAGCUAAGAUCGAGUUUUUCGCUUCAAUUGAGAUUCAGCGAUUCUUAAACGUAUUUAUGCCUCCAUAAAACUCGUCUCAGUCAGGUCGUUUUUACAUGGGACAAACGGAACUCACAGAUCAACUAUAGCGCCUCUUAUUUGUUUUGCUGCGAUGGUUAGCAUGUCUUUUAUUGGCAGUACCGGCGUGUAGCCAUUUCGAGCUUUUCCUCGUGCCAGUCUCAUCUCUUUGCCUGGCACAAAAGGGGUAGCGGACGGCUUUUUUUAGAUAUAUACUUGUCGUUCAUCACGGUAACACAGUCAGUCUCCGGGGCCAAAUGUUAUCACGCUUCGCCUGUGUUCGUUUCGCAAGUGAUAUGAUGCAAAUGGUAUAUGAAAUGAAAGUACAAUGAU